AUGCUUUUUUUUAGUUUUUUCAAAACUCUAGUUGAUCAAGAGAUUACAGUGGAAUUAAAGAAUGACAUAGAAAUUAAAGGUAUUUUGAAAUCAGUGGACCAAUAUCUAAAUUUAAAAUUAGACAACAUUUCGUGUACGAAUGAAACGAAGUAUCCACAUUUGAAGGCAGUCAAGAAUUUAUUUAUCAGAGGGUCGACUGUGCGCUACGUUCACAUGAAUCCCAGUCUGGUAGAUUGCACCCUAUUGCAAGAUGCAUCUAGAAGAGGUACGUUUAUCUUUUAA